AUGUUCGUGGUGCCAAAUGUACUCUGGAUAGCAAGUCCACCGGCUCUGACACUCAGCUGCUCAUCUUCUCCUUUGCACCCAGAGCGCAAUUUGCCAGACAUUCCUGCACCCCACCAACGCAUUCCACUAACAUUGCCAGGAACACAUUCGCCACCAUCAUUCAGACAGACAGCUAUCAGCAUAACUGGUCUCGCCCCUGCUGCUGGCCUUGCUAGGCGUGCAGUUGAAAAGAUGGGUCAUGUCUGGGGCAAGGCCUCUUCCUCCACUUCAGGCUACCCACCACCUCCAGGCUGGGCACACAACAAUCGCUUGCCCCUCUCAUGGGCUACUUCUGGUAUCAAUGAGCCACCUAUGAAGAUGCACCGACAUUCACCUCAUGCAUCUUCUGGAAGUUGGAGUGGACUCUUGGCAUCAACUGUCCCUAUUCUUGGAAAGCGUCUGCGUGGUCCGGUCCACCUGAGUCCUAGAGGUGCCGGUGUUGCUGGCGGACUUGUUUUUGGACGAGAUAUGAAGACAUGCAUAAGGGACACAGCAAUCGACUCUGUCCGCACCGCGUUGCGUGCCAAGGAGUUUGACAGCAGCGCCACACAAGAUGCAGACAGCAUGCUAAGCAAUGCUCCAAGUCUUCCUUCAGCUGCGCUGGGGAGUCGCCAAUUGCCUGCGUUGGUUGUCAGGUGUGCGCAGCACAUUCUUACCUGGGGUGUACAGGAGCUUGGGUUGUUCUGGUACGAUGCUUGGAGGCUCGGUUGGAAGCUGUCUGCGAGACCAUGGCAAAUUCGAUGA